CUGGGAAAACACUACAUACAUAGGCGAUAUGAAGCAAUCCGGGGGCCGGAUGUCUUGGAAGAAUGCGAUAUGACCAGCUUUGCGAACGACACGAGAAAAAGGCACAGGCACAGCAGGACCUCCCGUCGAAGACCAAGCGUGAACUCGAGAGCCGUGGUAUCCCGUGACAAGAGGCGGUGAUUAGGUCCAUUGUGCAUCAGGUUGGUAAGAAAGAACAAUGACGACUCCAGAAGCAAGCCGAGUGCUGCGGAGUCUGGUCCGGGCAACGAGGCCUCACGUUACUCGACAGCAGCGAAGGACCAUCUGUGUCGAAUGCCUGGCGAAGGAGAGGACGACGACAUCUCUGCACCGACCGGCGCUCCCACUCGCAGUGCAUCAGAGAAAGAGCAGGCGGCGCAUGUCGACACAAGUGGAGAUCCGUCAGCAGGGCAUCACAGGCACCGGACCGAUCGCAGAAUACGAUGCUCGAGUGCAAUCGGGACGCCUACGAGACGACGAACACCAGCGCAUGCUGAUUCAAUCUUUGCAAGAUCUGCACGAUGUGUUGGUCCACUAUGUUCCGCCACCGGUGGUCAAGCCCACGAUUGAGUCGUUGCAGCCCAAGAAGAAGGCCGGCCUGUUUGGCUCGUUGUUUGGUGGAGUGGGAGACAGUCAGCUGGUUAUGAGGGCGAGACCAGACUUGCCCAAGGGCAUCUACAUGUAUGGCGAUGUGGGGAGCGGCAAGACGAUGAUGAUGGACCUCUUCUAUGACACGCUUCCGGAUAACAUCACUCAUAAGACCAGAAUUCAUUUCCACAACUUCAUGCAGGAUGUGCACAAGCAGCUGCACAAGAUGAAGAUGCAGCAUGGUCAGUAUAUUGACUGCAUACCAUUCGUGGCUGCUGAGAUUGCCGAGCAUGCUUCCGUGUUAUGCUUUGACGAAUUCCAGUGCACUGAUGUGGCAGAUGCCAUGAUCCUGCGCAGAUUAAUCGAAAGCUUGAUGGCCCAUGGAACUGUAAUGGUCACCACUUCAAAUCGCCAUCCUACCGAACUGUAUAAGAAUGGAAUCCAACGCGAGUCCUUUGUGCCUUGCAUCAACCUCCUCCUCGACCAACUCCGCGUACUCAACCUCGACUCCACCACCGAUUAUCGCAAAAUCCCGCGUCCGCCGUCUGGUGUGUACCAUCAUCCCCUCGACGCUUCCUCUGCCCGGCACGCCUCGUACUGGUUCAAGUUCUUUGGCGAUUUCGAAAACGAUCCUCCCCACGCCGAUACCCAGCACGUCUGGGGCCGUAAUAUCGACGUUCCGAAAGCCUCGGGAAGGGCUUGUUGGUUCACCUUUAACGAGCUCAUCGGCUCUGCAACAGGUGCAGCAGACUAUCUCGAACUGGUCAAACACUACGAUGCCUUUGUCGUGACCGACGUUCCCGGCAUGAAUUAUCGUUCUCGCGAUCUCGCUCGUCGCUUCAUCACAUUCCUCGAUGCCGUCUACGAGUCUCGCGCAAAACUGGUCUUGACCACCGCUGUUCCUCUCACCCAACUCUUCAUGUCACGAACCGAAAUAGACAAUAUGAUUGAUGAGGCUGCGAAUACCGUCAAUGCCGACAAGCGAGUCCAGGCUGCCGCAAAGAAGAAGAAUGAACAACAAAGUCAGGCUGGAAGUGAUGUGGAUGAUACGAUGAGAAUGAUGAUGGACGAUUUGGGCAUGAAUAUGGAUUCUAUGAAGAAGAGUAGUUUCUUCACCGGCGAUGAGGAGGCUUUUGCUUUUGCUCGAGCACUGAGUCGUCUGACGGAGAUGGGAAGUCAGGAGUGGGUGGAAAGAGGCUUGGGCAUGUCGAGUACUGGGAGUGGGCAAAAGGAUGUAGAAGAUUGGAAGAAGGUCAGAAGUAGCUGGCGGCAAGAUUCGAAUUGAACGUAUAUUUGUGUUGUUGGUCCGGGGUGGAGAGGUUUUCACACCGCCGCCGCCAUCACGUCCACAGACGCGCACCGGAUGCACGCGCUUGCGUACUAGGCACCCUACGAUAAGAUGCUCGUAAGAGUUGGGAAGUAUACCGCCUCCCUGCCACACUCUACAGGCUAUAUCCUGGAGCCAUAGCUAUACUGUAACUGCCAAGCCGCGACACUUGUCCUUUUCUUUUCUGGAUACAUGGACAUGAUAUGUCUCGUCUUACUUAUAAGAAGAAGACUAUUGCUACCAGGUCAAUAGCAGCAUAUGCUUGUGGACUUGGCAAAAUCACAACACCGCCUACGUUCAAAGCUUGGCCAUAUCGACCGGGUCUGCUUGACGACUCUCGAGCUCUGAAACCUUCUCAUCAUCCAUGCGUUGAUGGUUACAAGGGAGCACAUCCGGAUAUCGCGGUGUGAAAAAUGUAUAUACACCGUCAGUCGCUCACCAUGCUGUUUUCCUCAUUUUCCAAAAUACUUCAAAAAUGCCAGGACCCAACCCGAAUGCUACCGCCGACUCCAACCCUCUUUCGAGAGCGUGGUUGACAUUAGUCACACGUGCUUCAUAUCUUCCCGGACUCGCAGUGCUGGUUGAUUCCUUGUAUAAACAUGGCUCGAAACAUCCUCUCAUUGUUCAAUAUACAACCGACCUCCCCGAAGACUGUAUCAAAUGUCUCCAACUCCUUCACGGCCUCUACCCGCUAUGCCUCCCGCAGCGUGUCGAAUCUAUCCCCCUACCCGAUGGUCUCGAGCCCGUAGCCGCUCGCUUUGCAGACACUCUGACGAAAUUGCGCGCCUUCCAGCCUCUGACACAGAACGAACUUGAUGUCCUGGGAUUGCCGUCCACGCCGAAAGAAAUCUGUUUUCUGGACGCGGACAUUCUUAUCAUGCGGAACCUGGAUGACAUCUUCGACGUCCCACGACCCGGCUCGGAUUGGGUCGCAUCUCAUCACGCCUGCGUCUGCAAUGUGGACGGCGAUCCUCUUGCACCACCAGAGUACUCGAUCGAAAACUGUCCCUUCACCCGUGUGGAGCACCCAGAGGCUCUCGAGCAGCCUGUACUUGUCCCAGAAACGGAAGCUCAGAAGAAGACCUACGCCCUUCUCAACUCUGGCGUCUUUGUCUGCACACCUUCUCAGGAACUAUGGCAAAAGAUCCAGGACUUUUUCACAAACAACGAAGCAUUGGUCAAGACUUUUAAAUUCCCCGAUCAGAACUUUAUGGAAGUGUUUUUCCAGGACAAAUGGGUGCCACUGGGUUGGCAGUACAAUGCCAUCAAAACCCAUCGAUACUGGCACUCGGCCGCCUGGCGAGAUGACGAAGUCCGAGCACUUCAUUAUAUCAUUGACAAACCAUGGGAAGUCAGGACCGGGAAAGGUGAUGCUGCUGGAUAUCUCGGACGUGACGGUGUAACGCACAGCUGGUGGUGGGCUGCCUACGACCAGUUUGUAGAAGAAAUGGCGCGACGAGGAGAUGUCGGCCGCGCCGUUGUCGCUUGUGUCUCAAGGACUUUGAAUCCCGCAGACUCGGCGCAGAGAAGAGUUGGAGGGAGGGAGCUACUCGCUCGACUAGGGCGAAAGAGUGCUUUGCCUGUUCUUGUGUAGGCUUACUAUUAUACAAUAUCGUAUUUGAUUCGUAGCGUUCUGCAACCUUAUUA